CCACUCCAAGCGAAGUGAAUCGACUUUCUACUUUUGACAACGGCAGAAAGAAGGAAGCGUUGCCAUUUCAUUCAAAUUAAUCGUCUAUUCAACGGCAUUGGCCUACGGCGGGAAAGAAAAUGGCGAAAAGCCAUAAAAAGCGAAACCUCGGAAGUCAAGCUCAGCGCCCAAAAGGAUCAAAGACGCCGCCGAGCAAAGCUGGCAAAGCUGGGUCGACUUCGUCCACUACGAGCGCUAACAUUUCCCAGCGUUCACCUUUGAAGCCCACAAUUCCAUUUUCCCCAGAAGACCGCAUUCUCCUAAUAGGUGAAGGUGAUUUCUCCUUUGCCCUCUCAAUUCAAACCCACCAUUUCGUUGAAGUCCUUGCUGCGACGAGUUACGAGCCAUCCGCCGAGGCCGUGUGCGACAAGUAUCCACAAGCUGCCUCUCAUACAGCUGAACUCGAAGCUGGCGGGGCAACUGUAUUGUACGGCGUCGAUGCACGAAAGCUUGGAAAGCGUAAAGAGAUUCGAAAGCCUAGCAGUCAUGGCAAUGAAGACAACAGUCAAGGCGCGUGGGAUCGCAUCAUAUGGAAUUUCCCACACACAGGAGGUGUAACGAAGGAUGUGAACCGCCAAGUACGGGCAAAUCAAGAACUCUUGGUCGCAUUUUUUAAGGCAGCAAUGCCUUUACUACGCAGUGAGGGGACAAUUAUCGUAACACUCUUUGAGGGCGACCCAUAUACGCUCUGGAAUAUCCGAGAUCUCGCGCGGCACGUGGGUCUUAGUGUAGCCAGGAGUUUCAAGUUCCAAGCGGAUGCAUACCCGGGCUAUAAACACGCCAGGACGCUGGGCAACAUUGAAGGGGGUGGAGGCUGGAAGGGAGAAAGCAGGAGUGCACGCUCAUACAUCUUUCAACUCAGUGACUCCAAUGGAGCUCAGCGCAGCACGAUUCCAAAAAGGAAAAGAAAAAAGGGAGACGAUGCUUCAUCAGAUGAAGACGUUUGAGGAAGCUAGGUUUCACCAAAUAACCAACGGAACCGGAGGAAAAGAAAAUUGC